AUGAACAGUGGAUUCGUUUUUUCCGCGUCGGUGGUCGUUAUUCUCGUACUGUCUGCCGCCGUACAUCACGUGUGCGGAGAUUGCUGGGACACCGGCUGCCAACUGGAUUCGUGGCUGGUCAAGGGCUGCGAUGAGUACGGCAUGAAGGAGACAAAGCGCACACCGUGCGCCGGUGGCAACGUGUAUUCAUGCUGUCACCAACACAAUCCGAUCGAUCCCUCGUUGCAAUUAAACAAACUCGGAGACCUCACCUAUUACGAGUUGGGGUUGACGGCGUGCGGCCAAGUGUACACCGACGAAGACAUGGUCGCGGCGAUAGCGUUCGGUCAUUUCACCACGCCGAAUCCCAAUUUAGAUCCCAUGUGCGGAAAACGGGUGAAAAUAGUCGACCCGGGCACGUCAAAAUCGAUCAUUGUGACUGUGAGAGACAAAUGCGAAGGCUGCAAGAUGAACGAUAUCGAUGUGUCUCCGUCUGCGUUUGAACAAUUUAAACCGAAAAUUGUUGGCAGAUUCAAAGUAUUUUGGGAUUUUAUUUGA